AUGGCGGACCGAGAAGAAAACAGUCCUGCCGUAGAGGCACAAGGCUCAGAUGAGGGACCUCCUUCGAAAAGACAAAGAGGCUUCAUCGCCAGGCAGGCAUGUGAAUACUGCCGUCAGAAAAAGACAAGAUGUGAUGAAGAUUUCCCAUGUGGGCUUUGCAAGUCCCUCGGUCUUCAAUGUAAAUUCACCCAAAGAAAAGCAACGCGGAAUGAAGCUUCUCUCGGCAUGAUCGUCAACAUCCUCCGUCGCAUCGAAGGUAAAAUCGACGAUUCAAAGCUUGACCCAAACCCUGCAGAGAAUCACCGCUCAAUCGCCGCCGCCUUACGCCCUUUCAACCCUAGAUCUCCCGCAAACUCAAGCGAAGUCCUCGGCGUGCCGUCCUUUCUCCGUCAGGAAACCAUCGAUUCACCAGCUGCACCGACUGAUCCAAAUCCCGCCAUCUCCUUCAGCGCGCAUCAAGUACUCUUCUGGACAGCUAUACAGUCUGCACUACCUGAAUCUGUAAAGUUAAUGUGUCAGAUGCAAGGCAGUACAUACUCAACACGCCUCGAAGCUUCACGGCCGAAGCUUCCGCACGCUACGUCGGUGGAUAUAUCAUCGGAUUGGUUGUCUAAGCUUAGUAUUGCGACCUUGAAACAGUUAUCUGAUGUUUAUUUCACGACUUUUAAUCUAGUAAAUCCUAUUUUGGACCAAAAGACGUAUUUCCAGCGCACCCUUGGUGUUGCCAUUGAUGGAAACUUUGGGAUUUGUAUUGAGAGCUGUAUAGUUCUUGUUGUUAUGGCUUUAGGGUCAAUGGGGCAAAAAGCGCUACAAGAAGCUAGAUUUGCUGGAACACCGGCGUCGAGUCCGCAUGUUGGACAAGACGCCGAGAUGCCGGGAUUGGACUUUUUCAAUGAGGCGAGGAAACGGUUCGGGUUUUUGAUGUGUGAGCAGGAUUUACAAGCUUGCCAGUUCUAUCUACUAUCAGGAUUGUUCUACGCCGAGGCUUUGAGACCCAUCGAUUGGUGGGCCAUGCUCAGCAAAGCGAGCGCAUGCAGCGCCUACUUCUGGAACAACGUAUCCCGAGAUCGCGAUGAGUGGAUGCUGGACAUGCAAUCCCGCCUCUUCUGGAUAACAAGCAUGUUCGAAGCCGUCCUAUCACAAGAACUUAACCUCCCUCCCAGUAAUUCCCUGCAUCUCGAGGAACACAUCGCCUUACCAAAGUUCAUCUCCGCUCAGGACAUAGCAUCAUUUGGAUCGUUUCGAUAUCCAGGUGAUGAUCCAUUCUUUCACUAUCAUUUCUUAUCGCAGCUUGCGCACCGACUUAUCUUGACGAGAGCGAGGAAUAGUUUGUUCCACUUUAACGCUACUGCGGAUUAUCCGCCUGAACCUGUUGAGGAUGAACUUAUCAGACAGUUGGAGCAAUGGAGGGAACGACUACCGCCUAUGCUUCAGUUUGAUCCAAAAUCGCCUCUGACACAGGCCGACUCUCCUUCUGAUGCGUUGGUGACGGCUUGGCUACAUGCUCGGUAUUUUGUAGCGAGAUAUCACAUCGGUCGACCUCUACUGCACCGGGCCCUGGAAAGACCAGCAUCUCUAACCGAAGGACAUCUCCGAAAAUGUCGAGACGCUAUAAGCGCUGUUCUCGCCUGGGCUUCCGUAAUUCAAGUUACCGACACAAUGAGAAGCUGCAAUCCUCUCAAGUUUUUCGUCUGCAGCCAAAUAUUCGGCCAAAUAUGCGUCAUAUACGCUCUUAGCGUCUCGCCAUACCCCUACGUCCGUGACAUUGCAUCAGAUGUCAACAAAAAAUGGACAAACUUCGCUCUGAGUUAUCUCGAAGCUGGAGCAUUUUACAGUCCGGCAAUAGAGCAGGAUUUUAAAAUAGCCAAGAUUCUGUCUGAGGAUAUAGGAAAGACAUGA